GCAUUGAAAAUGUUGGAUUUUGUAUCAUUACCGUCCUUAUUAAUUGGCAUCUAUGGAACGCAUAUUUUGGUGACGACUGUUUCGAGUUUGGAUGAAUUGAUGCCAUACAGAUAUACGUACGUGUUCAGGAUGUUAGACUUUUAUUUUAUGUUCUUUGGAAUUCAACAUCCAAUAUUCGACUUCAUGGCGCGCGCGGGCGUGUUCGCGUGCGGCACCGUGAUGCCGCCUCUGGAGACCGCUUUUUGUGCGUAUUAUUUUUGGAAGAAUUUCGUGAUAGUGCUGGAGUCGUUUUUGGUGUCGCUGAUAUCGACAGCGCUAUUGAAACCCUCGCAGAGCGCUUUAUUUGAUAAGUAUCCAUCGUGUCCGAGUGUCUCAUCUUCUAUUGUUACCCAACAGACUUCCGCGUAA